AUGUUCUGCGAUAUGUCUAGGUAUGCACCGGAUCAGGUUGACACAGAUGAGAAGAUGGCUGAGAAGUUCUGUGCCGGUCUGAGGCACGAGAAUAGGAUGACUUUGGCAAGUCACGGAGGAUUAUCCUAUACUGAGUCACUCAGUCGAGCGCUAGACAUUGAGGCAGCAAUACCGGGAGAAAGACCAGCAACGGCAACUGCAUCCGCACCGCCGCAUAACCAGAGUCAUAAUCAGAAUUUCAAAGGAAAGAGGAAAUGGGACAACAAUAACCCUGGCCAAGCCGAGAGGAGGCCAUGGCAAGGACAAACCUUCCAGUCACCAGGUUAUGGGAACCAAAAUGCACAGAGACCGAUGGGAGGUAACCAGCAAAGGGCUCCACCUUGUCCCAAGUGUAACAAGAAUCAUGGGGGAAAUUGUAAAGCUGGCAGUGAUGGCUGCUAUAUUUGCCACCACAAGGGACACUACGCGAAGCAGUGCCCGAACAAGCAGUACGGAACAAGUUCAAAGCCGAACAUACCUAUUCAGGCUCCACACUUGCGAGCAAUCCAAGCUCAACCCCAACCACACCUUGGACAAUCACAACAAAAUCAACAGCCACAACAUCUGCAGCUGCAAUAUCAACACCCACAACAGUAUCAGCCUCAACAGCAACAAUUAUUUCAGCAACAACCUCGACAACAACCACAGCAACAGCAGAAGCAGCAUGGAUGA